CCAUUAUCGACCGACCAGGCAGCGCUGCUGGCCUCCAUCCCAAGCACAUAGUAGGACGAGAGGGGUGGUGGUGCUCACUCACUCACACACACGGACGGACGGUCGGAGCGUACCACCCGGUCUUGGGGUCUGGCAAAGCACACAGUGGAGGGGUGGCUGCCUGGCUCAACAACAAGCGACUGCUGUUUUCCCGAGCAGCAGCAGCACUAGCAGCAGCAGCAGCAGCGGCCGACAUCGACCCUGCUGGUUGUGUCAGGCACUCUCUGUCAGUGCAAUAUGGAUUCGUACCCAGUGACACUCUGCUGUGAACCAUGACCUGAUCGACGCCGCCGAGUGCCGACUUUUGCCAAAUCAGCUCCACCAAUCGACAGUUGGCGAUGAAGAAAGUGCGGCUGAUCACGACUGUGGUGGUGAGCAGCAUCAUGCUGCUCAUCAAGCCGUGGGCCACGCACCACCAGCGGGGGGUGCCGGACGCGGUGGCGUCGACGUCCGAGUGGUCCUCGCGGCACCUGCUGAGCGGGGGCGGCCACCACGGCGGGCACGUCAAGCUAAUCGAGAACAUGACCUCGCUGAACGAAACCGAGGUGCCCAAGGACCCUCUGUUUCCCGAGGACCUGUUCACCCUGGAGCAGCGGCGGCAGGGCGCCGUCGCGCUGCACAUCCUCGGCGUCAUCUACAUGUUCGUCGCUCUGGCCAUCGUGUGCGACGAGUUUUUCGUGCCGUCCCUUGACGUGAUUAUCGAGAAACUGGACAUUGCGGACGACGUGGCCGGCGCCACGUUCAUGGCCGCGGGCGGCUCGGCGCCGGAGCUGUUCACCAGUGUGAUUGGCGUGUUCGUGUCGUUCGACGACGUCGGCAUCGGCACCAUCGUCGGCUCGGCCGUGUUCAACAUCCUCUUUGUGAUCGGCAUGUGCGCCAUCUUCAGCCGGACGGUGCUCACCCUGACGUGGUGGCCGCUGUUCCGCGACUGCUCCUUCUACUCCAUCAGUCUGAUCACGCUCAUCUUUUUCUUCCGCGACAACAGCAUCUACUGGUACGAGGCGCUCAUCCUCUUCAUCAUCUACCUGCUCUACGUCUCCUUCAUGAAGUGGAACCAGCAGGUCGAGAAGUUCGUCAAGCGCAACCUCAACAAGAACAGAGUCACGCGCGUCCGCAGCACCGACCAGUUGAUGCCUUCGCACCAGAGUGCAGCACAAGCCUUGCACGCGAAUGCCGCCACGUCGAGUCAAACGAGCGUCGGGGGCGGCUCGUUGAGCGGAGGUGCGCCGAGUGGGAACAUGACCACUCACCAACACACCACCCACCAUCACGUUGGGGCACCCAUCUUGCACUCGGGCACUAAGUUCCGGCACGGCCUGCUCCAGCUCAUGAUCCACACCAUCGACCCGCUGCAUGACGACCUCUUUGUUCCAGGAAAGGUGGACGAGAAGGCGACGCAGCUGCACGCGAUCGCGUCGCUCAAGGUGCUGCUGGACGCGACCAAGCCGCAGAACGGCGCCGCCUCCAUGGCGAACCACGCGGGGGGCAGCGCCGGGGGCAGCACCUCGACGGCGCAGGCCGACAUCGGCGGCGGCUCGAGUCGCGGCCAGCAGGAGACCGAGCUGGCCGGCGCCGCCGACCAGCCCAACGGGGUCAUAGGUCAGGAGGAGGGCGCCGACCCGGCCCGUGAGCGAUUGUUACCUGCAACCUGUGAUACACCUCCAACAGUGCCAAGAGGUGGCCCUCGAAACCUCGUGAGCUCGCCUCUUAUCACCGAUAGUGCUGCCGCUGAUCAGACGGACAAUGAUGAUGAAUGUAACAUGCCUGGCGAUGCGCUGGAUGAGCCUACCGACCCAUUAGACAUCUCGUGGCCCAACAGCUGUCGCAAAAGAAUCACUUACGUUCUGGUGGCUCCAAUCAUGUUCCCAUUAUGGCUCACCUUGCCCGAUACUAGAAGUCCGAAAGGCAAGAAGUAUUUCCCCGUCACCUUCAUAGGCAGCAUAGUUUGGAUUGCGGCCUACUCGUACCUGAUGGUUUGGUGGGCCAACGUCGCCGGCGACACCGUCGGUAUCCCACCAGAGGUGAUGGGUCUGACCUUUUUGGCGGCCGGAACCUCGAUUCCUGAUCUCAUCACGUCGGUGAUUGUGGCGAGAAAGGGAUUUGGUGAUAUGGCUGUCUCGUCAUCUGUCGGCAGUAACAUCUUCGAUGUCACAGUGGGACUCCCUGUGCCUUGGCUGAUCUACGGCAUGGUGUACAUGAAACCUGUAGAAGUGAACAGCGUUGGUAUGGUGUGCUCCAUCUCCAUCCUCUUCAUGAUGCUCGUGUUCGUCAUCAUAUCCAUCGCUUGCUUCCGCUGGCGGAUGAACAAGGGUCUUGGCUUCACCAUGUUCUUGUUAUACUUCGUGUUCGUCGCCGUCUCGCUCAUGUUUGAGUAUGAAGUCAUCACGUGCCCCGUUUAAAUGUAUUAAAAAAAACACACGGACUACUUGCUGAAAAAAAGUAUCGCGACUAUUCCGGUCACUUUUUUGUUGUUGUUAUCGAUUCACGAAUUCGAAUCUCAGAGAGAAGACCGCUUCUUGGUGGCCCUUGGGGCGAUUGUGAGGUGAACUCUGCUUGCUGAAAUUGAAUUCAGCGCGUCGUUCGAAUUAUACACGGGAGAAAUGAAAAAAAAUAUCGAAUUUUUCACUGAGAAGAUUUUGAAGAAACCCCGAGCAUGUGGUUAAAAUGAUUUUGAAUUUUCAACAGAGUUACAUUAUUAAUAAUACAUUCGAAUGGCCUACACAUAAUAUUACAUAUAUAUUUAAAGAAUAUAUAUUAGAGAAAAAGAAAGCUGAAGCAAAAGUCUAAUUUCACACAGACUCUAGUGGACGAGCGAGAGCUGAUGGCGCGCAUUCAAAGCGAGUGAGUUGCCUCUCGAGAUCCAAACCAGGAGUGUUAAUUUUGUAACACACACAAACACAAGUCCAGAAACAUAAUCGUGCCAUUUUUGUUGACGAAUACAUUUGUUUGCGAAGCAAGUCGUUCAUUAGUUGUAAUAAGAGGAAUUGAUUGAUUUCUUAGAAGUCGUUAAUUACGAUCACGCUCGACUCACUGUUUCGGAAAAGUGAAAUAACAAACAAAAUGCUCGAUCCUCGGCGGAGAAGCAAAACUCUCUACGGUUGCUUUAUACGAUGAAAUUUGAUUGUAUCAUUAUUGAGUGAUCAGGUAUAAAAGUGAGACAACAAACUGUACAUAUUUAACUAGCAAACAACUGCGUAAGAUUAAUUAUAAAAACAAUUAGCUAAAAUCACAGUUAAUGGUUAUAUACACAGACACAAGAUGAAGAGAGAACGGUUUGUCUUGUCUUAAGUUACAAAGUGAUACCAAAAAAGUUGUGAUUGCUUAGAUGAUAUUACUAACCAAUAACAACCGACACGAGAAUUAUAAAUUACCGACUGCUGGCCUCGUUUUUGUAAGUCGCCGGCGGCCGCAAGCAGAACAAGUUUAGAUGGGACAAAUUGUUUUUUAAGGGCUGAAGUUUUUCAAACGUCCUCCAAGCAGGUCCGCGUUGCGCCUCCUUCCGCAGCGGCGCACGAGUCACCAUGCCCCAUGAAUUUGUGCCAUUUGACUGACUCGUUUGGUUCUCGAGCGAAUUGUCCAUUAUCCGUAUGUGAAGCACCUCCCGCGCGCAUUGUUAAUUGCUAUAUAUUUUAUGGAGCAGUUUGACAUCCCGGUUUAAUUUUGGCGGCGUGGUCGCUCAGCCGCUGCGAGGACUUGAAAGAGAGGUUUUCCUGUUUGGAAAAGUAAUAGCCUUGUCGACAACCCUUCGGGCUCGGAGGGUUGUCGAUGUUGCUCAUUUCUCUAAGUGUAUGAAACUCUGACGAUCUCUCCUUUGCUGUAUUUUUAACACGCGUUUCAUUGUUGUUGUCCGCAAUCCGGUUAUUUUUGUAAAAGAUCCGUGUUUUUUCAAAUCGGUGUCGAAAAGUUGAAUUGGUGCUUUCCUCUCAUUGUUUUUUCCUAAAUUGUAACGCAAAACUAAUAAGGCGAGAAGAAACAAUUGAAAAUUGCAGUCUCCGCGCGCGAACCAUCCUUUUUGAAAAACGCAAGAAAGACAAGUUAGACUUCAGAAAAAGCAAUAAGCAUCAAUGUAUAAAUCGUAAAUAAAGAAAAAGUAUAUUAACGCUGACGAAAACGAGAUUUAAAAAGAAUAAAUUUAUAUACACGCUACCAGUUAUUGACCGAAUGGAUUAAUUACUACUGUAAGUUAUGAAGACAAGUCUUUCUGUGUGGUAAAUUCAACUGUCUAGGACGAUAACACGAUGAUGUGAAGCGAGUACACUAGAAGUCGGCAGAAAAACCCACACACGUGUUUGUACCAUAUAAACAAAAAUGUGAGCAUCAACAACUGCAGAUUAUUUAUAAGCAGCGUAACUACUAAGGGCAUAUUGUAAGAGACUAACUCGUUGAAGUAAUAAAAACUCUAUAAGUUUUGGAGGAUAGACGCCGUAGAGCGCGUGCGAGGCGGAGCACAUCAUGCGAGUUUCGGUGCGCGCGUGUACAUAAAAUUAUAAAAAAAAUCUUGCGACAAGAGUGAAUAUAAUCUAGAGCGGCGGCGAAUGAAUUCACACACCACGAGUGCAUGUUGCUAUCCUUUAAAAUGUAUCUCUUUCUCUCUUCUAUCUCACUCUUCAACUUUUUCGCGACGAUGUUGUUGCGAAAUCACUUCAAUAUGAAAUGCAAAAGUAAAAUCUUGUCGCUGUUUCUCUGAGCAAACUCAAGAUUGACAUCAAGACAUGCACCUUCAUACCGGUAAACGAUACACACACACACACACACACACACACACACUAAUUAAUUGAUUAAAUUACUUACUAUACUGGUCAUUAUUCUCUAAAUAAUAUAGCUAACUAGAGCAGGUUUACUCUAGAUAGACUCAUUGUCUCAUCGCUGAUGAAACUUUCAACAUGAAAAGACAGACAGACGUCUUGACGGGUUCCGGGUUUGUAAUUAUUUCUGCUGCAAAACUGACUGCGCUUUUUCAUCAAAAUGCUGAUGUUGAUGUAUGUGUACCAAGUUUAUUUCACUCUGGCUCUAUACACAGAAAAGUUUAGAUGGGAAAUUCCACGUCAGUGUCUUUAACCCGAUCGAAAUUAUUAAUUAACCCAUUUGUUCGUUUCCCCUCUAAUGGUGUUUGUCACUCACAUACACACACUUUGACUAUGUAUUUCACGCAAAACUGUAUUUAGCUCUCAUUCAUUGAACUGUUGUUGAUUGUUAUCUAACUAUUCGUACAUAACUCAACUGGUGCAAGCUGCACAAAGUUUUAAAUUCUUAUACUCAUCUAAUAUAUGAAUAUAAAAUACUAGUACCUUAGACUGUGUGUGAUAUUUUUUUAGAUGAGAGACGCGUGAAUGCCUGUUGAUUAUUUGCUAUGGCGCGAGUGUGCUGCGAAUACAAUUAUAUAUUCAUAUAAGGUAUAUAUAUUAUAUAUAGUUAAAACAAACAAAAAACGAAGAAAAACACUCAAAAAUCUCUCUCAACAUACACAAACAAACACACUCUGUAUUUCAUCCUCUCUAUCUCUCUCAUUAUUGCCAACGUAUACACACUCACACUGUCGUUCGCUAUAUAUACAAACACACUCUGUAUUCAGAUAUUGAGUUGAGUUGGAAUGAAAAUAUGCAAAUACAUCCUCACAUUGGAAAUGUCUGUCGACAGUGUGUUGCGAUAAAAAGAAACACAAACACCUAUAAACACGUCACACAUUUCAACGUUUAAACAAUAAAAAAACGAAUUUUUCUCUCGCCUCUUUAUACAAAAAGAUGCAACAACUAUCAUACCCUAAUUAUUCAUAAAAAUACAAUUAAUUGCUGCGAUUACCAAAAAGAAUCUCACAAAACGUAAUCUCUUUCUCUAAUAUUAAAAAAAAAAUGGAAAAUCUUCUCCGCUUCUAAUAUAAAAGUUUUAAAAAAAUAUUUAAAUAUAUCAAUAUUAAAAAACCGCGGUUGAUUGAAAAUUGAUCAUUUGCUGUUGUUAAUGAGUUCCCAAAAAAAAACGAGCGCCAUCACCUCAAAUUCUGGAGAGUGCAGCCUUUCAUCAAUGAUUUUCAGAGCAAAAUAAUGAAAAUAAUCAUUAAAAAUCAACAUAACAGCGACGACUUAACUGUGUUCUUAAAAACCAUAGUGUUGACGAAGUAUUUGAAUUAAAAAGAAAAGCUUUUCUGCUAUCCAAUGUUGUCGUUAUACAAGAAAGGUCAAAAUUCGGAACAUAAGCUUUCACCUCUGCUGUGUAACAUUGAAAACCUGAGGCAGGCGCAAUCCAAUAAAAAAAAACGUGUAUUACCCAACCGCACACAAACAAAACUCACACACACGACUCACACUCUAAAUAUGAUCUGAUUUUGUCGGUAGUUUCCGAGGAGGCGUGGAAACUAGAGAUCUGCUGAUUUUAUUGAGGUAUAAUUACAUACACAAACACAUAAUAAACCAAAAAAGAAAAACUAAAUGGAUGGCACACUUUUGUAUUUUGUAGCAAAUAUCUUCGUAUUAUUAAGUGCCUAGUAAUAAUGUUGAAAAAUAAUGAUUAUAUCUUGUAUAAUACUGUGUAAGACAAGUUAAUCAUUGAAAAAGUUAAUUGUUUCCCCUCCCUCCUCCACCCCUUGUGUUGUUUCCCGUCCCUUUUACGUUGAUCUAUUUCUCUCUUUCACCGAGAUUCGGCUCGUUUACUACUUCAAAUUCCGACAACGUCUUAGCAUACUGUAUCAGAACCGCGCGACUUUAUAGUUUCGACUCGGUUAGAAUCUAAGAUUCGUUGGUUUGAGACAAUUGCACAUAUCAGGCGUUUCCAAAUUUCAUUUGUGGAAAGUUUCGGGCUGAUUUUGCAGCCCGGUUGUUCGAACGCAAGCAGGGCUCUAGUCAAAGCACAACCAAGGAGCAGAAUGCCUCUUGGAUCAAUGCUAAAUAAUCAAAAUUCGCGAACGACGAGAAUUAACGCUAACUCCUAGCACGGCAUAGACACACGUAUCCGACUUGAGACGCGAUACCUAGGCCUAUGGUUGCAUACAGUAUGUCUCUCUCAUGAAUAUAUCCUAAAAUUUUGAUUUUGGUGACGGUAGUUGACGUAGCUUUAUGAUUGCGACAACUUAACAUCUUCUUACUCUCUCAUUCCACAUCUUAUGACAUUAACUAUCAAAAUCUUGGAAUGCAUCUUUUUGAAUGCUCUGUAUCAAUCCUACGCUAUACAUUAUCUCUUUAUCUCUAUUUCUCAUAAUAUAGGGUCUGUCCUUGUUUCCGUUUGUCAAAAGGCUCAUUUUCUUUCCCUUCCUUUUGCACUCUUUCUCUCGAUCCUUUUCAUGUGUGUUUCCCCUUUUUCACUCCAAAUUUUGUUUGUGAAAUAACGCGUUUCUGUUGACACAAUGUAUUAUUUACAUAAUGAUGAGCAAGAAUAUAAUAAUUGUUUUUAAAAGUUA